AAUUGAGAUGUCAAAUAUAAUUAGGUCAUCUAAAUGCAAUAUUAUAGUGUCUUCGCUUCGUGAUGUUCCUGUAUGUGUUGAGUGCUCAAAGUAUGCAAAUGUCCAAGAUGUUCAAAGCCAAGUUGAAGUUGACAAUCAAAUACAUGAAACUAUUAAGGUUGUCUAUGGAGAAGAAGAAAAGAGUCUGAAUAAUUGGCACAAGAUGUUUUACAAAAAUCAAAUCAGCAAUGCAUCACUGUCUAUACAUGCAAGGAGAUAUCAUCCCGAUGUAGUGCGUUGGGCACUUGAGUUAUACUGUCGCUCUCCUGCUGCAUAUGAGCACAUAAGAAGUAGCAAAGCUCUGGUGUUGCCAUCAAUAUCCACUAUAAAAAGUUACAGAAAUUGCAUACCUCCAACAUCUGGGAUCAGUUCAAUUGCAUUGGCUGAAAUUGAACGCGUGGCAAAAGAUAAAGAAGAGCUUAUAGGUUACCUUACAUUGGAUGAGAUGAAAAUACGAGAAAAUGUUGUUAUUCGCGAUGGAAUGUUGGUGGGAUUUUCAGAGCUACAGCCACUUUCAGACAAACCUACUUUAGCAAGUCACAUACUAGUGUUUUAUGUAAGAACUGUGAAGAGAGAAGUGUCUAUUCCACUAGCUUGGUAUCCUACAAAUGUUACACCGGCAUAUCAGAGAUGGCAAUUAUUUUUUGGGAGCUCUUGAAUGAAUGCGAAAAGCGGGGUCUACAGAUCCAUGCUGUUGUAGCUGAUGGUAUGUCAGUUAACAGACGCUUUUUUAAACUUGUUAG